AUGCACAAGGUCACAUCUUUAUUUGAAGUUGAAGGCUUAUUUUUUGACUGCCGUCGCAGAAUGGCGGAACCUCAGAGCUCCGGCGUGCUUGACGAAGACACGUUGAAGCCCUUUUACCAGAGAGCCUCCGAAGCCGAGGACCGCUUAACAAGACUUGAAGCUGCUCUUAUCAGUAAGGAUGAGUCAAAAUUGAUCAGUGAACUUCAAGAAGAGAACAAGAAGCUUGCUACAGAGAAUGCAAAGCUCCAAUACCGCAUCCGCCAUCUUGUUCGGGCAAUAAGAGAUUAAGAGAUGCUGAUAUAAAGUUAGAGAAAAAGUGAUCGAGUUGAUUGACUGUGGAAUGUAUUCAGUAAACAUGUGAUGACUGUAGUUUUGAACUCGGCAUCUGUAAUAUUCUUCUCUUGGGACACACAAUUGUUUAAUGAAGAUAUUUAGAUACUGUGUUUGCUU